AUGACCGACUACCACAUGGUUUCAUCAGAUUUUUCAGCAGAUGAGAGGAUGGAGAUCGAGAGCAUUAAAAUGUACAAGAAAGACCUUCUGGAUGACAUCCAGAAGUUAAAGAUGGAAAUCGACAAUGUCAUGGCAGAAAUCCUCAGCUUUGAGUUUGCAGAAGAAAGUAAAACCGCAGAGAAGAACAAACGGUUUUGUAACGGGAAGAAGAAGUUUAACAUGGACCCCAAAAAGGGUAUCAACUAUCUGGUGGAGAACAAACUGCUGAAUGGGAGCGCUCAACCCAUCGCUGAGUUUCUCUACAAGGAGGAGGGACUCAACAAGACCGCCAUCGGAGAAUUCCUUGGAGAAAGGGACGAGCUCCAUCUUCAGACCUUAAAUGCCUUUGUGGAGCUGCAUGAGUUCUCCAACCUCAGCCUGGUUCAGGCUCUCAGACAGUUCCUGUGGAGUUUCCGUCUGCCCGGUGAAGCUCAGAAAAUUGAUCGAAUGAUGGAGGCCUUCGCCACACGCUACUGUGAAUGCAACACUAACGUCUUCCAGUCCACAGACACAUGCUACAUCCUGUCUUUUGCCGUCAUCAUGUUGAACACCAGCCUCCACAACCCUAAUGUGAAGGACAAAACCACGCUGGAGCGCUUUAUAUCCAUGAACAGAGGCAUCAACAAUGGAGAGGAUCUGCCUAAUGAGCUGCUCUCGAAACUGUACGAGAGUAUUCACAAUGAGCCCUUCAAAAUCCCAGAAGAUGACGGGAAUGAUCUGACUCACACCUUUUUCAACCCCGACAGAGAAGGCUGGCUCCUCAAACUUGGAGGUCGUGUUAAGACGUGGAAGAGGCGAUGGUUCAUCCUUACUGACAACUGCCUUUACUACUUUGAGUACACCACUGAUAAAGAACCCAGAGGUAUCAUCCCUCUAGAGAACCUUUGUGUGAGAGAAGUGCUGUAUGCUCGAAAACCAUAUUGUCUGGAGUUGUACAACCCCAAUAGUCGAGGGCAGAAGAUCAAGGCAUGUAAAACAGAGACAGACGGCCGGGUGGUGGAGGGAAAACACCAGUCUUACACCAUUUGUGCCUCUACCGCUGAAGAGAGAGACUCCUGGAUUGAGGCCAUCAGAGCAAGUAUAACCAAGGAUCCGUUCUACGACUUGGUCUCAGUGCGAAAGAAGAAAGUGAUAAACCAAACUCCUCAGGAUUGAGCAGUGGGGCGUCUCACCUCACGGACACCUGGGACAGCAUCACCCAGUGAUUCUGCUGGCAGUUUAUCUUCCUUAAAGCUCUGAAAACACCUCACAACAUAUGGAACUAUGGACACA